AUGGCUUCUGGAAAUAAGUUGGAAGAAUUAUCGACUGACCUUACCAUCACGGUGUCUGAUGAUAAUACUCAGAAAGGGAGUUUGUCGCAGCAUCAGCAACCUCCGAUCGUAUUGGAUAAUAACCGUCCCCUCUCCCAGGAAAUUGCUGAGAGGAGGCUAAAAACCUAUGGCGAGAAUGUCAUCUCCGGACAACGACCUACACAAUGGUACACUAUCCUUUAUCACACAAUUUUUCAUCCCUUCAAUUUCCUUUUGGGAGGCAUCUCCAUUUUUGCUGCUGCCACAAAGGACAUCCGCACGGUAAUAGUAUUGUUAAGCAUGAUUCUGUUGAGCGUUGGAAUUCGCUUUAUUCAAGAGUACAAGGGUGAGGCUGCGGCACAAGCACUUAAGAAGAUGGUCAAUAGCAGUUCAACCGUUAUCCGUCUCUAUUCACCGCCUGACCUUCGUGAUCCGAAUUUUGAAGACGUGGAGAAGAUGGAUCGGGGUGAAACGGUUGAAAUGGAUAUCCAAUUAAAAGACAUUGUGCCAGGUGAUUGGGUUAGGAUCAGUGCAGGUGAUCUAAUUCCAGGCGAUGUGCAAUUGAUCUCCUCCAAGGAUCUUUUUGUUUCUCAGGCAUCGUUAACUGGCGAAUCCAUCCCAGUUGAAAAAUUCACAGUUUUGCAACAACAGCUUCCUAUUAUUCCUGACGAGGCAACAACAAACGACAAAUUGGACAAAUUCGAGCUCGAUCGGCCAGAUUUAUGUUUCAUGGGAACAUCCGUUGUCAGUGGUACUGCAACGGCUAUUGUCCUCAAAACAGGCCCUAAUACUUACUUUGGUAUAAUGGCCAAAAAGCUCUCUAACCGACGACCAACAAAUGCGUUUCAAAUUGGUAUUCGCCGUAUCAGUUACUUGUUUUUGGUCAUAAUGUUCUCAAUAAUACCUCCGGUGUUACUCCUUCAAGGUUUUUUAAAAAAAGAGUGGAAGGAUGGCUUGUUAUUUGCUGCUGCUGUUGCAGUUGGUCUCACUCCUGAAAUGCUGCCAAUGGUCGUAAGCGCAAAUACGGCACGUGGUGCCUUCGCUUUAUCAAAGAAAAAAUGCAUUGUCAAGAAACUUGAUUCUGUUAUCAGUCUUGGUGGAGUAGAUGUCUUGUGUACAGAUAAAACAGGAAAGUUGGAUCUUGUAUAUUACCGUAUAUUCUCGUGA